UAUACAUACACGUAUUAUAAUCACAAAGAAUUUCGAGUUCCUUCCUUUAAAAUUUCGAAAAACGAUUGUAAAUGCUCUUCUCUGCUUUCCGCGCAUUGUCCAUAUACCGUCAAUACUUAUGAACGAGAAUAAGUGAAUCGAAAGAAUCCAGACAAUUUUAUAGAUCAUCGACACUGUUGCUCGAUCUGUGUCGAACGUUUCGUUACGAAGCGUUCAAUGCCGAUCGGACGGUGGCCGAAAAAUCGACGCACCAUCCAUUUGGCCGAAGAAGUUUAGCUGAUCUGGCCCUGAUAGAAAGCAAGUUCGUUAUUAGAACGCGACCGACCGUCGCGGUGGUUACAUCUCGCCGGUGUUGUUUACGUAUCUCGUUCCGUAAUGUUGGAGGGCGUCAAAAAUAUCGUGUUAGUGCUCUCCGGUAAAGGCGGCGUCGGGAAAUCGACGAUUAGCACACAGCUCGCGCUAGCCCUCAAGGAAUCGGGUUUCCGGGUUGGCUUGUUAGACGUCGAUCUCUGCGGGCCCAGCGUGCCUUAUCUGAUGAACCUGGACGGCGAGGAUGUCCACCAGUCCUCCGACGGAUGGGUGCCGGUGUAUGCAGAUAAGGAACAGAGGCUGGCUGUCAUGUCGAUAGGAUUUUUAUUAAAAAACCAGAACGACAGCGUCAUUUGGAGGGGUCCAAAAAAAACUGGAAUGGUCAAACAGUUUCUGACCGACGUCGUCUGGCAAGAUAUCGAUUAUUUAAUUAUCGACACACCGCCAGGAACUUCGGACGAACAUAUCACUGUGAUGGAAACCCUAAGAAAUGUUAAGUCCAUGGGUGCGAUCAUUGUGACCACGCCGCAAGAGGUUGCGGUGGACGAUGUCGUGAAGGAAGUAACGUUUUGCUUAAAAACUGGAAUACGAGUACUCGGCGUUGUCGAAAAUAUGAGCGGCUACGUUUGCCCGUCGUGUUCGGAAUGUACAAAUAUUUUCGCGACGGGCGGAGGAAUAGCGCUUUCCCAGAAGGUAAACAAACCGUUUCUGGCGAAAGUGCCGAUCGACCCGAAAGUCGGGAGGCUAGCGCACUCGGGUCAAAGCGUUCUGGUAACGUUGCCCGACAGUCCAGUAGCCCAAGUGUUCCGGAAACUGGUCGAGGAGCUCACCCAGAGCAAGGAAGCAUGAGGCUGAAAGAUUUGAUCUCUCGUCCACGGAUGCCGAUCUGUGGUGAUCUUUAAAAUUCGCACGGGCCUUCUGCGUGCACGGUCGUGCGCACAUCUUUUUUUAUUACUCCAACGAGGUCGGAUAAGAUAAGUGGAUUCGUAAAGGGGGAAUUGUCGUUUCGGUUUUUAUUAAAAAUACAUAUAUAAUAUGUAUGCACGCGGAACAUCAUACUGGGUCGUCAUAUGUAAUGUAUAUACAUCGAAAUUUUUGUAAAUUUACUCGUCGUCGCUCUAUUUACAAACACGAUGUUACCAAUUAUUUACAAAUCUUAAUUGUUAUACAUAUAUUUGAAAAUAGAAAAAAGAUAUAUUUAUCUUCUA